CCCUCCAUCGCCUCCCCCUGUUCUAACGGGGUAACAUGGACCAGGGGCCCAAGAGUCCUGCACUGCGGCUGGGGAGAGCAGGACAUGGUGGAGUGAACCAGCUCGGAGGUGUGUUUGUAAACGGCAGGCCCCUCCCUGAUGUAGUGCGACAGCGAAUAGUAGAACUCGCCCACCAAGGGGUUCGGCCCUGCGACAUCUCACGCCAGCUACGAGUCAGCCAUGGAUGUGUCAGCAAGAUACUGGGCAGGUACUAUGAAACGGGCAGUAUCCGCCCCGGGGUAAUCGGGGGAUCCAAACCAAAGGUUGCUACACCCAAAGUGGUCGACAAGAUCGCCGAUUACAAACGCCAAAACCCCACCAUGUUUGCCUGGGAGAUCCGGGACAGGCUCCUGGCCGAGAGAGUGUGUGACAACGACAGUGUCCCCAGCGUCAGCUCCAUCAACAGGAUCAUUCGGACUAAGGUUCAGCAGCAGCCGGGCCAAACGGGCUCAGUGUCGGCUCACAAUUUAGCGACGUCCGUGGCGGCCACACAGGUCUCAGCAGUGACCAGCGACUCGGCCGGCUCCUCGUACUCCAUCAGUGGCAUUCUGGGUAUCAGUUCAGCUGCUGAUGUAGGCAAGAGGAAGAGGGAUGAAGGCUUGCAGGAGUCACCGCUGGCCAACGGGCAUGGCCACAGUGGGCGGGACUUCCUCAGGAAGCAGAUGAGAGGGGAGCUGUUCUCGCCGCAGCAGAUCGAGGUAUUGGACCGCCUGUUUGACAGACAGCCAUCCUGUCCAAUCCAAUCCAGCUCUGACCUCUUUGUGAGCCCUGACUCUGGCAAGACGUCAGAUUAUUCGGCCAUGGCCUCACUAGCAGGCGGACUGGACGAGAUGAAGAACAGUUUGGCCAAUCCUGGUACAGGGGCAGAGUUAGGAGCCAGUGUUUCCGGUCCGCAGUCCUAUUCACUAGUUCCAGGUCGAGACAUAGCCAGCACCACUCUGCCAGGCUACCCUCCUCAUGUUCCUCCCACUGGACAGGGCAGCUAUUCCACCCCUUCCCUCACUGGCAUGGUACCUGGUGGAGAUUUUUCCGGAAGUCCAUAUUCCCAUCCUCAGUAUUCCACAUACAAUGAAUCGUGGAGAUUUCCUAACCCCAGUUUAUUAGUGUUUCAGCAGGAUUAUGGGUCUCUCCUGGGGACGGAAAUUGGCUGCUCCUCCAGUCUCUUCACCAGCCAGGCAGGACAGAUGCAAGGGUCACCGUACUACUACAGCGCGACAUCACGGGGGGCGGGCCCUGCAGCCACUGCAACAGCCUCCGCCUACGACCGCCACUGACCCCUCCUUCUGAGAGAAGAGGAGGAUGAGGAGAAGGAGACGAGGGAGGAAGGGAGGGAGGGAUGGAUAGCACCGUCACCGCUCAGUACAAGCCUGCCUACGCACGUAUUUUUGACGUCAGUGAAGUUUGAAUUUUCUUUGAUUGACACGCCAACAACUGCACUGCUGGGCUGCAACACAGACAUACUGCAUUGGUAUUACAUUACUGUGAUGAUCACAGGCAUGGCAAUAGUCUCAGAUUUGUAAGCAAGUAAAUUUGGACCCUCCCAUGACUUAUCAAGGCUUGGUAUACCUAUCGUGUUUUUAACCAAUCAUCCACAAAUCCAAGAGGUCAGUGGACUAUGUGCGCAGCAGUGAUUGAAACUGUAAUCUGUAUUGUGAUCUUCUGGGUAAAAUGUUGUGUUUUCAGGUUGGGAAUAUUUUUGAUGAAAUUGUUUGAGCUGAUUAGACCAAAAUCACUUUUUCAAACAGUCUUUUUAUGACCUGACAUCAAUCAAUCAAUUUUCUAUGCCAUGCUACGGAGAAGUAAAGACAAUCCAACUCUCAUAACUUUGAAUGACCAAAAUCACCCAUGUCAUUAUCAUUCUAGUCUCUUUGCUGUAGAUUCAACACAUUUCCCCUGGGAUCACAAUGCUUAAUAAAUGGGAUACCCUAAUUUUCAAUGGGAGCGUUCAGUUUCACCAAUGUUUGCCAAGCCCCACCCACCUCUAUUACUGUUACUAUGCCUGUCAAGCUUUGUGUUCUCGCUCGGCACAUAUGCAGAAGCAAACAAAAACAGCUCAUUAACAGCUUUCUAGAGUUCAAGAGUUUAUUAGCUGCAGCUAGCAAGCUAAUUAAGCUAGCUAGCAUAUACUUUUUUACCUUCUCAAAUAGUAUGUUUUACUUUUUAACAUUACAAAAGAAAAGGCUUUUAGGAUGAGGACUUUCUUUGGCAAAUGUAGUUCUGUCAUGGGUGACAGUUGGGGCUGUAGAUCAUUAACCAUGUAGAUGGUUAAUUAUCUUGUAAGUAACAGGAGGUUACAACUGUAGGUAGUACCACACAUGCUAACAUUUGUAGCUUUGAGUAAAUAAACAUAGUUUAAUCAAAUAUUACACUUAAUGAUUUUGGUUUCGGAAAGACUUAAAAAUGUGGAGAAAUCCAAAGCUUGACAGGUCUGCCAUGCUUAGUUACAAUUGCUAAGCUAUGAUGGGAUAAUUGACAUUGGCGGUGGGGUUUAGCGAGUCAAUUUCUGUGGUUGUAUUCACAUCCUAAUGUGUUUGCAGUUGUCCAACAGGGAAGUCUGUAUCCUCACAUCCAUACUUGCAUUUGAAGUGGUUUGAAUGCCACUGACCAAUGGAUAAAGCACAGCAUUAAAUCUGAGCCCUCUACUGUAAAUAGAACAGUAUUGAACAUGUUCACAUCAGACAGAAAUCAAAUCAACCAGGGAGUGUCAUUGAACAGGAAGGUGCUAUCCUACCUCCCCAGCCAAGAUUUAGUCCUGAUCAAGAGCUAUUUAUAAUGGAGGAGACACAGAGUAAUAUAUUAAGAAGCUUUUCUGCGCUGCACUCCGUGAUGAGAGUGAAUGCCUGUAAUGAUUUAUAAUAUGUGUCACGCUGUUGUGCUAGAAUAGUGAUGAUGAUGCUGAUGAUGACGACGAUGCAGUGAAAUAUGAAAUCUUAAAAACUUUCAAUAUGAGAAGAAGUCUUUGUUUAUAAAUGUGAUCCGACUGCAAUUUUCUUGUUUAUAGUUUGUUGCCUGGUAUCAGUUGACACAGGUGCCAUUUAAUAAGUCGCCAUUUUUAUCUGCUUCCUGAAUAUUCAAAAGAAGAGCCAGGAAGCAGUGGCACCCUCUCUUUCUCUCUCUCUCUCUCGCUCUCGUUCUCUUUCUAUUUCUCUCUUUAAACUCCCCAAAGAUGGGCCCCCCCUAGUGGAUCGGCUGACAAACUACAAAAGCACAAAGAGACUCAAUCAUCAUUUAAAGGCGCCAUUUUACUUUUUUUUUUACUUCCUUUUAGAACCAUGAAGUACUUCUUCUCCCCUUCUUGAGUGCUUGUCCUUGUGCUGUUAAACAUCCUGAAAUUGUUUCUA